AUGAGUGAAGACUCUUCGGAAAACAACAAAGGAAGUCUAGACAUCUGUACAGUAGGAGAAGAAGAAGAAGAAGAAGAAGAAGGAAAACUGUCUCAAGGGAUUCCAGCCCAAAUUCCCAGCUCUCACAUACAUGCCAAAAAGUGUCUUCCUGUGACUGUGGAUGAAAGAAAAUUUCUGGAUAAACCACCUCUGUCAUACAUAGCUUUGAUUGCAAAGGCGAUACUUUCUUCCCCCACAAAUAAACUGAAUUUAGCUGCUAUCUACAAAUAUAUUGAAGAUAAUUUUCCUUUUUACAGGAACAAAGAUCGAGGUUGGAGGAACAGUGUAAGGCACAACCUUUCACUAAAUGAUUGUUUCAUCAAGGUGGGAAGAUGUGAGGAUGGCAAAGGAAACUACUGGAGUAUUCACCCAUCAAACCUGAAUGACUUUGUUCAUGGGGACUUCAGGCAACAUCGAAGGUCACGGAAGCGAGGGCGCCAAAAGGAGGCAGAGCACUGCCUUGCUGUGAAUUAUUUCACACCAUGGGGACACUGUCCUUCCUGCCCAGCACCAAACCGGCUUUACCAGACACAUUAUUUUCUGGAUCCACUGUGGAAACUUCUGUAUGCUGACAGACUGCAGUUUGUGCAUGAAUACCAAAACCAGCUGUCCACAGGAUCUUCUGCAUGCCCUAACUGCGAAGAAGAGGUUGAUACUGCUCCUCAGAUGGUAAUUCCCACAAAGGAAGGGGGAAAGCUGAGCCAAAAAGGUGAUGUUGAAUCCCGGAACGUUUCCCCGCACGCCUCGCCCAGGCCCAGCCUGGAUGCAUCGCCCCGCUGCGCUAACAGGGCGCGGAGUAAAGAACCCGGCCAAGGGCCGGGGCGGCUCUCGCCCUGCCGCCCGCCCUGCUCCGCCAUCGGCCACGCGGGGGCACCAGAGCGCCGCGCUGCCCGCGCUGCCCGGCGGAGCCUGGAGGGCCCGGCUCGGCCCUGGGAGCCGGCUCAGUGCAAAGGGCCCGGCUCAGCCGUGGGGGCCCGGCUCAGUGCUGAGGGCCUGGCUCAGCGCGGAGGGCCCGGCUCAGCCCUGGGGGCCCGGCUCAGUGCGGAGGGCCCGGCUCAGCCCUGCGGGCCCGGCUCGGCCCUGGGGGCCCGGCUCAGCCCUGCGGUCCCUGCGCAGUCCUUCAGGCCUGGCGGUCGCGGGUCGCUGCUCCGCUCCACCCUAACCACAACCCAUCAGCGGGUCACUGAACGAAAGGAGGAGCUGUCUGAAAGGUGCCAUGGGCGAGACGCGUUCACUGCCUUCGGUCAACUGUGA